AUUCGUCAUUUCUAAAUAUGACCUCGAUCAUAAAAGGGGGAGGACUUUUCUUGGUUCUUAUCAUCCUCAUCUUCAUUAGCUCAUCUUCUCACACCAUAGCAACCGCCCGAAGCCCAUACAACCGUGCUCGUCAACUAGCUACAGAUUGCAAUUCGCCGAAGCAAGGAGAUAUAGUCGGGUGUGGUGGUGGAAGUGGUGGAUCAGCAAAACCAAAACGAAAACCAUGUGGUUCAGCACCAGGUUCGAGCCGUUGUAAGAAGGGUUGCUGUGGAAAGACAAAAUUUGGAGAUACCAUCUGCUGCUAGUAGUAUUGGAGGGUGUGCCUCAUUAAUUAAAUGUUCUAUCGGAAUCCCUUGUUUAGAUUGUCAAAUAAAUUAAAUUGAUAUAAUUUCCAAUUCUUUUUUACUAUUUGUG